AUUAUAAACAUUUUUCCCAGAUAAUUAGUGGUAUUGCAACAUAAUAGAUUCAAUAUCCUUACGAAAACUCCAUCGUUUAAGAAAAACAUUUUGUGUUGUUAAAUUUGUGUCUUAUUGGUAUAAGAUUUUGUAUAUGUAACAUAAUUGAUUUCUUUAAAUCUAAAUUGAUAAUACGGUACUGGUUUUGGAAGAAAUUAAUAUAAAUCUAACGGAAGCGAACACACACAAUUGGUGUUUAAUACAAAGAUAAUUGAUUUAGAUUGCAAUUGUAAUUUUGCGCCGUCUUUAAUAUACGCCUUUGUAUGCACGCUUGUGCAUACGAUUCUGAUGGCCUGGCUAUGAAAAGAAAACGCGCGAAUUUUUAUGGUUGGUUGCAGACUGUUGCGAUGCGCGAUACGCGAUGAUCCCAAGCGUUCAGAUUUUCUUGACAACUGAAAAUCGUCGCGCGUCACGUGUCGCGAGUCACAGCAUCGUGCAGUCGUGUAGAUCGCACUGGUCUGCAAGGUUCGACAACUGUAGCUCCAUGUGAUUAUGUGAUACAAUCGAGAGGAAGAAUAGUAUAACACGAUUCAAUAAGUACGAUCCGUGAAGUGUCAAGGACAUUCACACUAGUCCAACGUAUACGGAGAAAUCCACCAUUCCAACGCAUAGCUGUUGAGAUUGGUAUUUUAUUGAAUAAAGGUUUUGUAUAUUUAACAUUUGUUUCUACUGUACAUGAAUUAUAAAACAAAUAGUUUUAUAUUUCAUGUACUGUAGAAACGAACAAAUAUUAGAAGAUCUAUUAAUUGAAGCAUAUAGCUAUUUCAGUUUUGAUUAGUAUAUUAUUUUAUUAUAAAGAUGGAUAGAAAACACAAAAAUUAUUCUUUUCUUUCUAAACGGCAUUUCCGAAGAAUUAUUGCCAAUAACACUGCUUCAGAUUUAUUAAAUCUUUCCAAUAAUGAACAUCUUGAAUUGAGAGACGAAUUAUUACAAUCUGAUACUAGUGAAGAUUUAGAGCUAUUAGAAAACGAAUUUGUCAAUAGAAAUGAUGAACUUGUAGACAAUUUAAAUGAAAGUGACACAGUUGACGAUAAUGAAUCAAACAAUGAAGAGGGAGAAAUGCAUAGAAAUGAUAGUAACAAUAGUAGUGAAAGUGAUACAAAUGGAAAUGAAUUAACUGAAUCAGUAGUACAUUAUAUAAAUGUUGAGCCUGGCAAUAAAACUGAUAAUCAAGAUGAUCAAUUUAUUAAGGAUAUAGCUUCUUGGGCAAUUAUGUUUAACAUUUUCCAGGUUGCUAUCAGGGCACUUUUGAUUAUAUUACGUAAAUAUACGCGACAUUCGUUUCCAAAAGAUCCUCGAACAUUACUCUCUCCAAGGCACACAGCAAUUAUUGAAAUGGGCGUUGGACUAUAUUGCCAUUUCGAUUUACAAAAUGCAUUUAAAAAAAUGUUAGAUGAAUAUAAUACAGUUUUAGGCCGAAUACCUGCUAGUCUGGAUAUUUUUAUAAACAUUGAUGGUUUACCGAUUUCCAAAUCAAGCAAUGCGACUUUAUGGCCCAUUUUAUGUUCAGAUACAGUUUUAAAAUCAGUUUUCAUUGUGGGAGCAUACUAUGGUCAAAGAAAACCGCAGUGUAACAAUGAUUUUUUAACACAAUUUGUUGACGAAGCAAUUUUAUUAAUUAAUACAGGACUCUUUUAUAAUGAAAUUCAAGUACAAAUUAAUUUUCAUGGAUUAAUUUGUGAUGCUCCAGCAAAAGCUUUUAUUUUAUCAAUAAAAUAUCAUACCGGUUACAAUACUUGUUCGCGAUGUACUAUUACAGGUGAAUUUUUAGAUGGACGAUUAUGUUUUCCAGCGACAAAAAUAAUUGAUGCUUUAAGAACUGAUGAAGAUUUUGCUAAUAAUAAAUACGACGGUUUUCAAAUUGGUGAGACGAUUUUAAAGCAAAUUCCUAAUUUUGGAUUAGUUUCUAGCGUUGUAAUUGAUUACAUGCACCUUAUAUGUUUAGGAAUAAUGAAAAAAUUGAUAUUACUUUGGAUUAAAGGUCCGCGUACUGUAAAAUUAUCUCAACAGUUAUUAAAUCAGAUUUCAGGAGCUUUAUUAAAUUUGCAAAGUUGUGUACUAAAUGAUUUUGUUCGACGCCCACAAUCACUAAAAGAUGUAAAAUUAUGGAAAGCAACGGAAUUUCGUCAGUUUCUUCUUUACACGGGUCCAGUUGUGCUACAGGAUAUAUUAAGAAAAGAUGUGUAUAUCAAUUUUAUAACAUUACAUAUUGCUGUAACAAUUCUUGCUAGUCCUAAUCUUUCGAAAGAUAAUAAUAAUAUUACAUGGGCCCAAAUGUUAAUAGAGUAUUUUUUAAAAUGUUUCAAAAAAAUUUACGGAGUUAAAUUUAUGUCUCAUAAUUUCCAUAUUUUAUUACAUAUUUGUUCUGAUGUGCGGAAGUAUGGACCCAUUGACGAGUUUAGUGCUUUCAGAUUUGAAAAUUACAUGUCAAAUAUAAAAAAAAUGAUUCGAAGAAAUGAGAAACCUCUUCAACAAUUAUCACGAAGAUAUUCCGAACUCAAUAACUUUAAUAUGCUUAGUAAGAAACAAAAAAACAGUAAGGAAAUUUUUUUUGAAAAAAUUCACUCAAACGGACCUUUAAUUGAUUGUUACAAUUUUGCUUUUCAGUAUAAAAUAUUACGUACUAAAACAUAUACGAUCCAUUCCAAUAGCACAAGUAAUAAUUGUAUUUCAUUUGAAAAUGGAACUGUAAUAUCAGUUUUAAAUUUAGUCAAAUGUAAUGAUAAUACAAAAUUUAUAAUAGGUAGAAAGCUUAAAGUAGUAAAAAAUUUGUAUUCUGAACCUAUCUAUCCUUGCGCAUCAGAAGAGUUGGGUAUACAAGUUAUGCGCGAAGACACUGCUGUAUGCCUUUCGCCGUGCGAGAAUGUUCGAAAUAAAAUGUGGAAAAUGCCGUACGAUCAUAAUCAGUUUGUUGUUUUCCCAGUAAUACAUACUUAAAAACGGUCGAUAAUAGUUCAUAUAAAUUUCAAAAUAAUCACGAGAGUAUUUUCAAUUUGAUAAACAAAAUAUAUAAUAAUACAUUGAACAAAAAUGAUUAUAAUGAUUUUUGCAUAAUUAGAUUAUUUUAUGAAAAAUAUUCAGUUUAUUGUCGCGCAAUAGUAUAUAAUGUAUUCAACUUUUUUUAUAUAUUAUAUAUAAACUUUAGCAAUGCUUUUAGGCAGGAUAUGAAGAUUUUUCAUUAAAUUUAAUUAAAUAAAGUAUUACAUAUAUACUGCGUAUGUGUGUAUGUGUAGAUGCGUGCGUGUGUAUGUAUGUAUAUAUAUAUAUAU